AACAUCGCAAAUCUGAAUUUAUGCUUCCUAACCUCAGUUUCUACCCGUUACUCAAUGUAUAAGGCAUAAAUCAAAUAAAAAUGUCCAAAGCCGCCGACAAAGCAUUGAGUUUAUUGCGCGCCCUCCCCAGGCUAACGCUGGGCAACAUCAGAGACAAUCCGGGCAGCAGAAGGUGUCGCAAAAGGGGCAGAGGCCAACACGGCGGUGACAAACAUGGUGCUGGCAACAAGGGAUCCGGCCAGAGGCAGAAUUACAUGCGAUUGGGCUACGAAACCGGCAAUAAUCCCUUUUAUUUGAGGUUCCCCCAUGAACCGUACUACAAGGGUCACCAUUUGAGGCGACAAUACCCACCUUUAUCUUUGUUGGAUUUGCAAAAAAUGAUUGACUCGAACAGGUUAGACAGCUCAAAACCCAUUGAUUUGGUUGCUCUAUUGAACACUGGCUUAUACAAACUGUUCCCUGACCAAAAACAAUUUGGUGUGAACUUAACUGAUGAAGGGGCUGACCUUUUUAAGUCCAAAAUUAACAUAGAAGUCCAAUGGGCUAGUGAAUUAGUAAUUGCAGCCAUUGAGAAGAAUGGAGGAGUCAUUACUACAGCCUAUUACGACCAACAUAGUAUCCAAGCAAUGUUAAACACCAAAAAAUUCUUUGAAAGGGGCAUCCCAAUACCCAAAAGAAUGAUACCACCACCAGAUGCACUUGAAUAUUACACAGACCCGGCAAACAGGGGUUAUUUGGCUGAUCCCGAGAAAAUAUCGCAGGAGAGAUUGGUUUUGGCCCAGAAAUAUGGCUACACGUUGCCUAAGAUUGAGGAGGACAAGGAAUAUGAGGUUUUGACAAAGAGGAAAGACCCCAGGCAAAUUUUCUUUGGCUUAAACCCAGGCUGGGUUGUCAACUUGAAGGAAAAAGUUAUUCUCAAGCCCCAAGAUGAAGAACUGGUUGAAUAUUAUAAGUCAUAGAUUGUUGUUGUAUAGUUGAAAUAAAUUAGUUACUAAAA